GAAAAGUGUUGCUUUCAAACCACUCUUUCGUUUUCUUUUUUCUUUUGUUUUUUAUAUUCUUUUUCUAUUUUUUGUUACAUCAAAUACAUAAGCUUCCAAUUUGUAAUUUCAUUUCUUCCUCUUUAGUCAACGUUGCUCUUGGACUCUUCUCUACAUACUCCUUCCCAUUUUUGUUUUUCUCAGCAGCUCUUCCUUUUUUUUUUCUUCGGUUUUUGUCUUCUUUUAUUUUAUUUCAUUUUUCGCCUCUCUUUCUCUUUUGUAUGGGCUCGUUUCGCAUUCAACUCCCUUUGUCAGCAAACAUUGUCUCGCCUAAUACUGGACUUUAUCGACGACUUCGUCUUGGUAAAACCUUUGGUGUCUCGAACCCUACGUCUUAUUCAUCAAGACUAAGCGUCCCUUAUCUUGGCAACUUAUAUAUUGCUGCCAAAUUCUCACAUAUUUCAUUAAAUAAACAGAGACCAUACUCAACAAAGAAUACCCUUUUUGGUAGCAACUCAUACUGUGGUGCUGCUUUCAAUAACUCUUCAAAACUUUUCUCACCACCAACACUUACUCAACAACACACUCGGUUCAUUUCUACUGAUUUUCUAAACAACACAGAAAUGUCUCAUUCCAAGGUUGUCAUUAUUGGAUCUGGCCCUGCCGGUCAUACCGCCGCCAUUUACUUGUCCCGUGGUGAAUUAAGCCCUGUCAUGUACGAAGGUAUGCUUGCCAACGGAAUCGCCGCCGGUGGCCAACUGACCACCACUACCGAUGUCGAAAACUUUCCCGGAUUCCCCGAGGGUGUUAAUGGUACUGAAUUGACUGAAAAAUUCCGUGCCCAAUCCGAACGCUUCGGUACUACCAUCAUUAGUGAAACUAUUUCCAAGUUGGAUCUUUCUUCUCGCCCCUUCAAGUUCUGGUUAGAAGGUGCUGAAGAUGGUGCUCCCAACACCGCCGACUGUGUCAUUUUGGCUACUGGUGCCUCUGCCCGUCGCCUUCAUAUUUCCGGUGAAGACAAAUACUGGCAAGCCGGUAUCUCCGCUUGUGCUGUCUGUGAUGGUGCCGUCCCCAUCUUCCGCAACAAGCCUCUUGCAGUUGUCGGUGGUGGUGACUCUGCCGCUGAAGAAGCCCAAUUCUUAACAAAGUACGGCAGUAAGGUCUACGUUUUGGUCCGCCGUGAUAAGCUCCGUGCUUCUCCCAUCAUGGCCAAGCGUUUGCUCUCUAAUCCCAAGGUUGAGGUUCUUUGGAACACUGUUGCCGAGGAAGCUCAAGGUGAUGGCAAACUCUUGAAUAACCUUCGUUUAAAGAACACCAUUACCGGUGAUACCUCUGACCUCAAUGUCAGCGGUCUCUUCUAUGCUAUCGGUCAUAUUCCCGCUACCGAUCUUGUUAAAGGCCAAGUCGAAUUGGAUGCUGAGGGUUAUGUCCAAACUAUUAACGGAACCCCUCGUACCUCUAUUCCAGGUUUCUUUGCUGCUGGCGAUGUUCAAGACAAGGUUUAUCGCCAAGCUAUAACUUCCGCUGGAAGUGGAUGCCAAGCUGCCCUUCUUGCUAUGAAUUACGUUGAAGAUUUGGAAGAAGAAAAAUCCAACUAAAUGCUAAGCUCAUGAUUUUUCUAAUUGCAAUUGUCUAUCAUUCAAAACCAAUACCCAAUACCUUUUUGACUUUUGUUUCUUUCAUACAAACAGUUCUUUGAUUUAGUCGAUGUCUAAUAUAUGAAGUAACGGGAUUCAUCUAUAUAGAACACAAAAGUUGCUCGUACGUUUGAAAUGCUUUUUUUUUUUGUUUAAUAUUGGUUAGACUUAGUAGUAAUCCUAGAUACUCAAUUCAUUUACGUUACCAAGU